AUGUCCUCAGCAAUGCAAGGCGACCCUUCUUACCCUCGAAGAAGUACAGGAAGUGCACAUCUGAACAGCAGUGAGGGGGUGGUUUCCAUCCUACCGCACCGCACAGAGGAGCGCUUAGCGCACGCUCGGCGUGCUCAGAUUCCUUCCGUGACCGCAGCUUGCCCCGAGCGCCCCUCUCGGGCGUCGGGCUUCGGCGUCCUGGCUGCCGGCGCUGUGGCCUGGCUGCUCCUUUGGGCAGCCUGGCUGGUCGGCAGGCUCGCCGCGGACUUCAGCGACGCCCCUUUCAGCGCUGGUAAAGGUCAGGGGGCUGAGCGAGUGUGUGCGGAGCUGGGGCGGAGCCAGGCUUUCUUAAAAGAGCACUUUCACAGAGACCUUUUAAUAAAAGUGAAAUUUGGAGAGAGCAUUGAGGACUUACAGACCUGCCGGCUCCUAAUUAAGCAUUCCAUUCCACCAGGACUCUUUGUGGAUCCCUAUGAGUUGGCUUCACUACGAGAAAGAAACUUAACAGAGGCAGUGAUGCUAACAGAAAGUUUUAAUGUAGAAGCCCCUAACUACUUGUCCAAUGAAUCUGCAGUCCUCAUUUAUGCCCGGCAGGACGCACAGUGCAUCGACUGCUUCCAGGCCUUUUUACCUGUGCACUAUCGCUAUCACCGGCCACAUAGGAAAGAUGGAGACACCCUCAUUGUGGUCAACAACCCCGACUUACUGAUGUACUGUGACCAAGAGUUUCCAAUUUUCAAAUGCUGGGCUCAGUCAGAAGUAGCAGCUCCUUGUGCUCCGAAGAGUGGGGAGAUCUGCCGGUGGAAAAGCAUGCAGUACAAAUCAAUCCUUAAGAGUUUGACAGUGCAGGUUCCAGUGGGACUGACUAUACAUACCUCUUUAGUGUGUUCUGUGACGCUGCUCAUUACCAUUCUGUGUGCUACUUUGAUCCUUUUAGCUGUUUUCAAAUAUGGCCACUUUUCCCUGUAAGUUUUGUACAGCUAAGUGUUUUCUAUGAACCUAAUAAAUGAGACAAGAGUGCUCUUUUCAGAACUAA